AUGGCCGACGCGCUACCCUCGUACGGCGAGCCGUACUGCGUCACGGACGACAAGGUCGCGGCUGUCGCCUCUGGCCGCCUCGUCGUCAUGGGUAUGGACGCCAACGAGAAGCUCGUUGGCGCCGGCAUGGUCCAUCUGCGCAUCUUCCAAGGCCAAGUGCACUCGUCCGGGUUCGCCUUUCCGCCGGGUGUCUACUUCGACCUGUACUCGCCACGCUGGUCGAACCUGAGCACGAUCGUCGCAUCGGACUCGCCGUCGCUCUACCAAGCGCCGUGCACAUCGCUGACGAAGGCGCGCUGGCUCCUCACGCACGCGGCCGAUCCGCUCCACGACGAGGACGAAGCGCAGGCCGACGCACUCGCCAAGGACAUGGCCGCGUGGUUUCCGGUCGUCAUCGUGCUUCGCGCCAUGCGCCUCACAUACGGCAACCUCGCAUCGUACUUUGACGGGCAGACAGCGCAUGUUCGCCUGCCGGGCUUCAAGUUCAUCCGCUACCCGGAGGCCGAGACGCGCGAGAAGGUCUCGAAGAAGCGGGCCAAGACCGAGACGCCGACCAUCACGGACGGCGCCGCGCUCUUCGCGUCCAUUAGCUCGCUCGAGCCCAACGCAGUGCGCGAGCUCUUCUUCCCGCCGUCGUGGCACGCGGCCGCGCGCCGGGUGUGCGAGAGCUUUGGCACGCACGUAGCGGCGCGCAAGGUGCUUGUCUGCGGUGCCAAGGGCGUCGGCAAGUCGACGUGCACGCAGUUUCUAGUCAACCAGCUCCUGUCGAGCCAUCGCGUGGUCGCCUACAUCGACUCGGACGUGGGCCAGCCCGAACUGUGCGCUCCUGGUGUCCUCUCGCUGCACUACAUUACCGACCCGCUCUUGGGCCCGAGCUACACGCAUCUUCAGCCAGCGUACCGGUCUCUGUACUUUGGGUACUCGAGUCCGAAAGCCGACCCGCAGCAGUACAUUCAAGCAAUCGCGUCGCUUCUGCAGGCAUACGAAGCCAAAGACCCGACGAUUCCGCUCGUCCUCAACACGGAUGGCUGGAUCAAGAGCAUGGGCUACGACCUUCUGCACUCGAUCUUGGACUGCGCGGCGCCGCAGCACGUCCUGCAGGUCGUCGCCAUGACAAAAGCCAAGUCGUUUGACGUGCCACCGUCGCCCAAGUGGACGCUGCAUCCGGUCGAGAUGUGGGAUGCAGCCCCGCCGCAGCCGGCGCGCGGCUCCAAGGACCUGCGGCAGUACCGAUGGCACGCCUACUUUUUGCGCGACGUACGCAUCGAAGAGCCCGAGGUGCUGCAGCUCGCAACGUGUCACGCCAUGUCGGAACAAACUCGUCUCGGCCGUGCAAUCUCGAUGAUGUACACGCGCCAGCUGCCGUACCGAGUGCCUUUUCACGCGGUUGCUGUGCGCGUGACCGGCUCGUCGGCGCCGCCGAGUCAGAUCCUCUACGCGCUGAACGCAAGCGUGAUUGGUCUCUGCGUUGCGCCGCCGACGCUUCUUCCGAAAUCGAAGGAGACGCACUUGCCGACCGUCCUCCUCGACUACCCGCUUCUCCCGUGUGUCGGUCAUGGCAUCAUUCGCAGCAUCGACUUGGCGUCCGGUGAGUUUCAUAUCUUGACGCCGGUCGCCACCGAGCUCCUCUCGCUCGUCAAUGUGCUCGUGCGAGGCCACCUCUCGCUCUCGUUCCAGCUCCUCGACCAGAGCGCGGUCCUCGGCGGGCACUGCCCGUACGCUAUCACGGACGUGCUUGCGUCCGAAGGCACGGGCGCGUCGCUCAUGGAAAGCCGCAACAACCUCAAGCGCAAAAAGGAAGGCUAA